AACAACUCACUUCCCACCAAGCUUUUUUAGGUUUGCCACAUUCUUGUUGCGCGCGAUUCCUCGCGAUUCUAAGUAGGGUUUGGCGGCGCCGGGGGCGCGAGCCUAGCGGAAGCAUCGAUUUUGAUCGAUCGAUGAUCAAGAUUUUUGGAAUGCUCCAGGUGAGGCCGAUUCUUCUCGAGAAUUCUUGCCGCGGGGAGCGAUGCGGCCGAGAGCUCCAAUGUAGGUGGAUGGGAGCGCCUUGGAUGUAGAUAUUUCGGGGCUGCGCGGUCUAUCUAAGCUCUAGCCAGUGGAUGGGAAUGGAUUGUUGCGCAAACGGGAUUGAGGCAACGGCAGAAGGGGGUGUAGCAUCGGCAGAGAAGGAUCAGGUUCUCCAGGCAGUCCAGGUUGCCGUGCAUAUCCGCCCAUUGAUUUUGCAAGAACGAAUCCAAGGUUGUAAGGAAUGUGUUUCUCCGGUACCAAACGAACCACAGGUCCAACUGGGUUCUCAUGUUUUCACAUUCGAUCACGUCUAUGGAAGCGCCGCCUCUCCGCCUUCACACAUUUUUGAAGAGUGCGUAGCUCCGUUGGUUGAUGGCCUCUUUCACGGGUAUAAUGCAACAGUUUUGGCGUAUGGACAGACUGGAUCAGGCAAAACAUACACGAUGGGAACCGGUGGGAAUGCCGAAGGAAUCAUCAGAAGGGUCAUGGAGACACUUUUUCGGAAGAUCGAGAAGCUCAAAGACAAAGCUGAUUUCCAGUUGCGGGUCUCUUUUAUUGAGAUACUCAAGGAGGAAAUUCACGACCUCCUUGACACGAACCCUUCCCAGGCUGUCAAGCAAGAGCCAUUUGUUGGUGUCUUUGGCGUCAAGCCUUGCUCACCUGGAAAGCCACCUAUCCUAAUUCGUGAGACUACGGGAGGAGGAAUCACACUUUCCAGCGUUACUGAAAUCGACGUAACUAAUCUGCAUGAAAUGUCCUCGUGUCUAGAGCAAGGAUCUGCAUUUCGUGCGACGGGGAGUACUAAUAUGAAUACACACUCAAGUCGUUCCCAUGCCAUUUUUACGAUCACGAUGGAGCAACGUAGAAGGCCAGACCCUUUAGUUGGCUCACCUGAGGACGACUACUUAUCCGCCAAGCUGCACUUGGUGGAUCUUGCAGGGUCGGAACGAGCAAAACGGACUGGAACGGAUGGGUUGCGUUUCAAAGAAGGUGUUCAUAUCAAUAAGGGACUUUUAGCUCUUGGAAAUGUCAUCAGUGCUUUGGGAGAUGAUAAAAAACGUAAAGAAGGAGGGCAUGUUCCUUAUAGGGAUAGCAAACUCACUCGUCUAUUGCAGGACUCCCUUGGUGGCAACAGCAGGACUGUUAUGAUAGCAUGCGUCAGCCCUGCAGAUUCUAACGCAGAAGAAACUCUCAACACUCUGAAGUAUGCUAAUCGGGCUCGAAAUAUUCAAAACAAGCCGACUGUAAAUCGUGAUCCAGCUGCAGCAGAACUUCUAAAAUUAAGACAGCAGAUUGAAAUUCUACAAAAUCAACUUCUUUGUGCGCAGGAGGCAAAUAGUUCUGACGACCUCCAGAUACUUAAACAAAAGGUCGUAUGGCUCGAAGCCAGAAAUGCCGAAUUAUGUUUGGAGCUACAACAAUCUCGUGAUGCUCUUGAGGCCCUUAUGCAGGAAACUCAUGUGCAUUGUGGAUCUCAGUAUGAAAACCGCGAGGGUGUGACAUCACAGGCAGAAACAAUUCUAGCUAAUCAAGUUUCACGGAUUAAAGAGCUUGAAACUGAGUUGCAGCAGCUGAAAGCUCGUGCUUCUCAACAAACUGUUCAGAGUUGCCAUCCACCAAUGAUGAGCUGCAUGAACGGGAGUGCUCCAGAAGUGGUAGACCUGGAAAUUCCCAGCGAUCUCUCGCCUGAGAUAGAUACACAUGCCAAAGAAUUGGAACACACUAUUCUUCAGGACAGUCUGGACAAAGAGUUACAAGAAUUAAACAAGAAACUUGCUCAGAAAGAGGCGGAGAUGAAGUCGUUCACAAAAUCUGACUCUAUGGUUCUAAAGCAGCAUUUCGAAAGAAAGCUGGUUGAGCUCGAAGAAGAGAAGAAGGCAUUGCAGAGGGAGAGAGAUGUUUUACUUGCCGAGCUAGAAAAUCUUGCUACCGCCUCUGAUGAGCAAACACACAAAAUGCAAGAUUCAUACAUUCAAAAGCUUAAAGAACUCGAAUAUCAGAUAGCUGAUUUGAAAAAGAAGCAAGAUAAUCAGUCGCAGUUGCUAAAACAAAAACAGCGCAGUGACGAGGCUGCGAGACGUUUGCAUGACGAAAUCCAUCGAAUCAAACAACAAAAGGUGCAAUUGCAACAAAAAAUUAAGCAGGAAUCUGAGCAGUUCCGGUUGUGGAAGGCUGCUCGUGAGAAAGAACUGUUGCAGUUACGGAAAGAAGGACGAAGAAAUGAAUACGAAAUGCACAAAUUACGGGCACUGCAUCAGCAUCAAAAAAUGGUUCUUCAAAGGAAGACGGAGGAAGCAGCAAUUGCUACACGGCGCCUGAAGGAGGUUUUGGAGUCUCGCAAGUUAUCUGGACGGGAGGCUGUUUUCUGUUACUCUAACUCGAGGCAUUGGACAGGCACUUUAACAGACAAUGGACACGCUUUUCAGGCGGAUGAUAAAGUCUUACACAGUUGGGUUGAUCGUGAGAUCGAAGUGGCCCUUCAUGUUCACGAAGUUCGUGUAGCUUAUGACAAGCAGAGUGAAGCGCGCACUGCUCUUGCUAAUGAACUGUCAAAGCUAAAGGCGGAGGAAAUGUAUGAUCGUUCAUACAAUGCGCAAAACGGCAAUUGUUUACCGAUGCACGGGCAAAUUGAUUUACUUGAGAACAUGUUGAAUGCAUCUUCAGAUGCAUUGGUUUCAAUGGCAUCAGAACUCUCUGAAGCCGAAGAGCGCGAGCUCAACGGUCAUGCACGAUGGCUCCAUUUAAAAACUUUGGGGGAGGCCAAAGCACUGCUCAACGUAACAUUCAGUGCAGCUGUGUGUGCUCGGUGCGAUCUUCAAGACAGGGAGACUGAGAUACGGGAGUUGAAGGACAAAAUCGUUGAGCUCAACGAUGCCUUGAAGCUCUCCGAUGCACGCAGACAGGAACUUGACAGGCAACAGCGGUUGAAAGAGCAAGCUGUUGCCGUGGCCCUUGCUGCGGCGACAAAGGCUGGUGCGGACGUUGCGGUGAGAUGUGGAAUGGAGGAGCUGUCGUUGGGUUUCUCACAACUUGCAGCCUCCGGAUCCAAGCACUUGCAGUAUCCUACAAACAAUAGCGUCGAUGGUUCGUCAGAUUACGACGUCCGAAAGUUGGCCUCCCUCGAGCCUGGACUAAUGACAAAGCAGCCAGGUUUUCAAACUGGAAAACUUUGGAAAUGGAAGCAAAGUCAUCAGCAGCGGUGGUCUUUCCACUUCAAGUGGAAAUGGCAAAAGCCCUGGAGGCUCUCAGAAUGGGGUAUGGGGAAAGGAGCCACAGGUUACAGAUUCGAUGUGAGGCAUAGAGACCGGUGGAAGCGAUUGCGAGUCUGAAAGGAAUCGAGAUGUAUCAAGGAUACAUUGAAACAUACACAAUACACACAGCUACUACACACAUACAACACACAAACACACAGCAAGCAACCAAGCAACUUGGACGAUACAUAUAAAGUUUUUAUACGGCGGAUGUAUAGCAACAUAUUUUUACUCGUGCCGCGUGAACUUCCCGUAUUUUGUUGAGAUGAUUCAGAGAGCUAUCCAGGUAAGCUGUUUAAUCUCUUGCCUGUGUCUAGCGAUGUCAUUUUAAUUUGCUUCCAUGCGUGUGUGUUUGAAGGAAGUGAAACACAUUUCGUAUAAAAUGCCUCUGAAAUGUCAAGUUCUUAUCGUUCUUUGCAGAAAAAUGUGAUUUUUGGAGCGGCAGUUUUGAGAGAAGAAAGCAUCCCAGGUAUGAGAGCAAUUUCUGGGCACUGGACAGACUUUCACGGAGUCCAUGAAAACUUCCACUCCUAGAUCGAGUUGUCCAGCCAUGAAGCAGGGAGACUCGAGGUUGACGGGUUUACGUCAAGAAGAAAGCAGCAAGGUCGAGCUAUAGACGUUCUACCUGUGGACAAGCUGAGCGAGUUCUUGGAUAGAGAACAGGGCAGUGUCCAGGAGGUAACUUUGGCGGUCCAGUUCCAGCAGAAGUGCUUCCAGGACGAUUCGGGAGAGCUGGCCCCCGCGGACGUGCACAAGAUGGCUGGAGAUCACUGCAGCUGAGAAGGGCGAGCUGUUCGUGUUUGGAGCAGAACGGGAAACGAAGAUAAACACCUGGUUGCUCAGGCUCAAGAGUAGCGCUAGAUGAAAUGGUUCCUGCUAAAACCAAGCAGCUUAUCAUUAUAAGUUUUGGUAUGCUUAUUGAGCUUGAACUACUCUUGCUCAGGCU